GAAUCAAGAUAUAAUAUAGUUGUGUAUAAUAUAAAUUUUCUUCUCCUUUUUUUUUUAUAGAUAAUAAAUAUAUAAAUAUUCUAAUUUGUAGUGUUUAAAUGGAUGUUGGAGAACUUCUCAAAUACCAACCUCAAAAGGGGGCCAAGAGACGUGUUCCUGAUCAGUUUGAAAGGAGACCUAAAGCUAAGAGAAUCUCAAACAAUGAGGAAGAACCUGAAACAUACCAAUUUAAAAAAAUUUUGAAAAAAGGAAAUUCAAAUGAACCAAAAAAAGUAUCUACGCCUGCUCCUUCUACUCAAGCAAACAAAGAUGUAUCAACAGUUAAACCUGUAAAAGAUUCACCUGCAAUUAAAUCUGUGAAAGUUGGCAUGACAGAUGAUGAGAAAGAAAAACUUUUAAGUAUGGUGGAAAAUGAUGAUGAGGGAGAAGCUAUUAAUGAAUCAACAAUUAAAAAAUAUAUAUUGACUUUUGAGAAAAAAGUAACUAAAAAUCAAGAAAUGAGAAUCAAAUUUCCAGACCAACCACCAAAAUUUAUGGAAUCUGAGAUGGAGCUGCAUGAUGAAAUUCAAAAACUGCAUGUGUUAGCUACUGUUCCAGAAUACUACGAAACAUUCAUUAAGCUUAAUGCUGUUUCUACUGUACUUGGUUUAUUAAAUCAUCCAAACACAGAUAUUGCAAUAGCAGUUGUUCAUUUAUUGCAAGAACUGACUGACACUGACACACUGCAGGACAGUGAAGAAGAGGCCAUGUUUCUUGUUGAUGCCUUGUUGGAAGGACAAGUAACAAAUGUCUUACUACAAAAUCUUCAAAGAUUAGAUGAAAGGCAAAAAGAAGAUUUUGAUGGUGUUCAUCAUACCUUAGCUGUGAUUGAGAAUCUUGCAGAAUUUCAUCCUGAUGUUUGUAUUACAGCUGGUCAGCAAGGUUUACUUACAUGGCUUUUAAAGCGACUAAAGAGAAAAGUUUUUGACAACAACAAGUUGUACGCUAGUGAAAUAAUUGCAAUUAUGUUGCAAAAUCAUGAAGAGAACCGUCAGCUUUUGGGUGAAUCUAAUGGUGUGGACAGCCUUUUACAAGCUCUUGCAGCUUAUAAAGGUCAUAAUCCUAAUAACCAAGAAGAAACUGAAUAUAUGGAGAAUUUAUUUAGUUGCUUGUGCUCGUCUUUACUAUUCCCACCUAACAAAGAUUUAUUCUUAAAAGGAGAAGGUCUUCAACUUAUGAUCCUUAUGCUUAGAGAAAAAAAAAUGAGUAGAACAAGUGCUCUAAAAGUACUGGCCUACACAAUGACUGGUGAAAAUGGUGGAGAAAAUUGUAACAAGUUUGUUGAUAUAUUAGGCUUAAGAUGUGUUUUUCCUCUAUUUAUGAAGCCACCAAAAAGAAACAAGAAAACUGGCAAUAGCAAAGAAGAGUGUGAAGAGCAUACUUGUAGCAUUAUUGCUUCAUUAUUCAGACAUUUGACUGGUUCUAAUCGAUCUCGCUUAGUUCAAAAGUUUGUUGAAGAAGACCAUAUCAAAUUGGACCGUCUCAUGGAACUUUAUUUCAAAUAUCAACGUAGAGUCCAGGAUGCAGAUGCAAGAAUUGAACGUGAAAAAGAUGACUUAGAAGAACAAGGUGAGCUAAUAGAUGAAGCAAUGGAAGAUAUGUUUUAUUUAAAAAGGCUUGAUGCAGGACUUUUUAUUUUGCAAUUGAUUGUGUGCAUAAUGCUAGAAGCAUGUUGCUCUGGUGUUGCCUCGAUAAAGCAAAGAGUCAUAACCUUAAUGAGUCAACAUGGAGGUUCAAUGAAGCAAAUUAAGCAAGUCAUGAGAGAAUAUGCUGGACACAUUGGUGAUACGAACACUAAUGAAAGUGCUGAGAUGGAAAGGAGGCGCUUGCUUUCUUUGGUUGAUCGCUUUUAGUUUCUUUUAAUAAAAUGAAGCAAUCUUUGUUUAUACUGUUAAAA